ACCUUUGGAGAUGGAAGCUGCAAUCCCUGAGGCGGAAGGAGCUUCCUUGGAGCAGGGGCAGAGGGUGCAGGCGGUGGAGCGUGCCCAAGAUGCCCUCUCCUGUGGAACAGGCAGUGAAGAGAUGCUGUUGAGCCUUCGUCUUUUCAGAGAUGUGGAAACGGCUGCUGAACCUGCAAUCCAGGGUCCCUUUUCCUUUGAGGAGGUGUCCGUCUCUUUCACGGAGGCAGAGUGGGCCCUGCUGGAUCCGGGACAAAGAGCUCUGUACAAGGAAGUCAUGCUGGAGAACUACGGGAAUGUGGCCUCUCUGGACUUUCUAUGGGAAAAACAUACAGUCAGAAAAAGAUUCAGUACCAGUGGCAAUUUGCAACAACAUCAGAAAACUCACUCAAGUGAGAAACCUUAUGUUUGCUCAGAGUGUGGAAAGAGAUUUAGUACAACUUGCAAUCUUCAAUGUCAUCAGAGAAUCCACAGAGGGGAAAAACCUUUUGAAUGUCCAGAGUGUGGAAAGAGAUUCAGUUGGACUGGCAGUCUUAAGCUGCAUCACAGAACCCACACAGGGGAGAAACCUUUUGAAUGCUCAGAGUGUGGAAAGAGAUUCAGUAGGAGUUGCAAUCUUCAGCAGCAUCAGAGAACCCACACAGGGGAGAAACCUUUUGAAUGCUCAGAGUGUGGAAUGAGAUUCAGUACGAGUGGCCAUCUUCAGCGUCAUCAGAGAAUCCACACAGGGGAGAAACCUUUUGAAUGCUUAGAAUGUGGGAAGAGCUUCACCCAGAGUGGCAGUCUUCAAUAUCAUCAGAGAAUCCACACAGGGGAGAAACCUUUUGAAUGCUCAGAGUGUGGAAAGAGAUUCAAUCGGACUGACAGUCUUCAAGAGCAUCAGAAAACUCAUACAGAGGAGAAGCCUUUUGAAUGCUCAGAGUGUGGAAAGAGAUUCAGUCGGACUGGUAAUCUUCAAGAGCAUCAGAGAACUCACACAGGGGAGAAACCUUUUGAAUGCUCAGAGUGUGGAAAGAGAUUCAGUACAAGUUGCAAUCUUCAAUGUCAUCAGAGAAUCCACACAGGGGAGAAACCGUUUGAAUGCUCAGAUUGUGGAAAGAGGUUCAGCCAGAGUGGCAGUCUUCAAGAUCAUCAGAGAAUCCACACAGGGGAGAAACCAUUUGAAUGCUCAGAGUGCGGAAAGAGAUUCAGUCAGACUGCUAAUCUUCAAGAGCAUCAGAAAAUCCAUACAGGGGAGAAACCUUUUGAAUGCUCAGAGUGUGGAAAGAGAUUCAGGAAGAGUGGUGAUCUUCAAAAGCAUCAGAGAACCCACACAGGGGAGAAACCUUUUGAUUGCUCAGAGUGUGGAAAGAAAUUCAUUCGGAGCGGCCAUCUUCAAUAUCAUCAGAGAACCCACACAGGUGAGAAACCUUUUGUGUGCUCAGAGUGUGGAAAGAGAUUCAGUCUGAGUGGUCAUCUUCAACAGCAUCAGAGAACCCACACAGGGGAGAAACGUUAUGAAUGCUCAGAGUGUGGAAAGAGAUUCCGUUAUAGUGGUACUCUUCAACUGCAUCAAAGAACUCACACGGGGGAGAAACCUUUUGAAUGCUCAGAGUGCGGAAAGACAUUCAGCACAAAUGGCAAUCUUCAACAACAUCAGAGAACCCACACAGGGGAGAAACCUUUCGAAUGCUCAGAGUGUGGAAAGACAUUCAGUACAAAUGGCAAUCUUAAAUAUCAUCAGAGAAUUCACACAGGGGAGAAACCUUUUGAAUGCUUAUUUUGUGGAAAGAGAUUCAGUCAGAGUGGCCAUUUUCAAGAGCAUCAGAGAACCCAUACCGGGAAGAAACAUUUUCCAUGCUCAGAGUGUGGAAAGAGAUUCGGUCAGAGUGGCCAUCUUCAACGUCAUCAGAGAAUCCACACAGGGGAGAAACCUUAUGAAUGCUCAGAGUGCGGAAAGAAAUUCACUAAGAGUGGCAGUCUUCAAGAGCAUCAGAAAACGCACACAGGAGAGAAACCUUUUGAAUGCUCAGAGUGUGGAAAGAGAUUUGGUCAAAAUUGCCAUCUUCAACGUCAUCAGAGAAUCCACACAGGGGAGAAACCUUUCGAAUGCUCGGAGUGUGGAAAGAGAUUCAGUAGGAGUUGCAAUCUUCAACAGCAUCGGAGAACCCACACAGGGGAAAAACCUUUUGAGUGCUCAGAGUGCGGAAGGAGAUUUGGUACAAGUGGCCAUCUUCAGCGUCAUCAGAAAAUCCACACAGCAGAGAAACCUUUUUGA